UCUUAGCUUCUCUCUCUCUCUCUUCGUUUCUUCACAUCUUCUCUCUCUCACCGGAGACAUCAAUUCCUCCUUUUUUGACUAAAAUUGCGCGACUUGGGGCUUUGAUCCAUUCCCUUUUCUUCUCUCUCUAAUUCCCCCCUUAAGCUACUAUGGAGCUCUGAUCAAAAACAAAUCAUCCGUGUAACUGUGUGUUGGUGUGAGAUGGCUUUAGACGAUACUGCUCCUGUCAAAGCUCAAUCGAAGAAGAAACCUAACGAGAGCGAGAAUCAGAAAAGGAAGAAGAAAAACGAUGUCGUUUCCAACAGUAAAGGCCAACAACACUUUGAAGAAGAUGAUGAAGAAGAAGAAAGAGAAGAACCAAGUGGUGGGUGCUGGGUCAAGUUCAGGUUCAUGAUUGGUUGCUUACCUUCAAAAUCAGAUGUUGAUGCUUCCUCUUCUUCUCUCUAUGCCACCACCACUACCAGCACAGUUACUACAAUGGAAAGUAAAUCGGCAAAUGAGAAAUCAACUGACCAACCAGCUGGUGGUGGUGGUCCUGUUUCCUCAACCACGACAACUAGCAAUGCAGGAAGCUCCUCGUCGACUCCGAUGAUCAGCGAAGAGCUCAAGGCGUAUUCCAACCUGAGGAACUUUACUUUCAACGACCUUAAGCUAUCCACUAGAAACUUCAGACCGGAGUCUCUUCUCGGUGAAGGAGGUUUCGGUUGCGUCUUUAAAGGGUGGAUCGAAGAGAACGGAACUGCUCCUGUUAAACCCGGUACUGGGCUUACCGUUGCUGUCAAAACGUUGAAUCCUGAUGGACUUCAAGGUCACAAAGAAUGGCUUGCUGAGAUCAAUUUCCUUGGUAACCUACUUCAUCCGAAUCUGGUUAAGCUGGUUGGUUAUUGCAUCGAAGAUGAUCAAAGGCUGCUUGUUUACGAGUUCAUGCCUCGUGGAAGUUUGGAGAAUCACCUUUUCAGAAGGUCGUUGCCUCUUCCUUGGUCUAUCCGGAUGAAGAUUGCAGUAGGCGCUGCAAAAGGUCUCAGUUUCCUCCAUGAAGAAGCUUUGAAGCCUGUCAUCUAUCGAGACUUCAAAACCUCAAACAUUUUACUCGAUGCAGACUACAAUGCAAAACUAUCUGAUUUUGGACUAGCCAAAGACGCUCCUGAUGAAGGCAAAACACAUGUCUCUACUCGUGUUAUGGGUACAUAUGGUUACGCUGCUCCUGAGUAUGUUAUGACCGGUCACUUGACAUCAAAGAGCGAUGUAUACAGUUUCGGUGUGGUUCUCCUCGAAAUGCUAACCGGACGACGGUCUAUGGACAAGAACCGCCCAAACGGUGAGCACAACUUAGUGGAAUGGGCGAGACCGCAUCUCCUCGACAAAAGAAGGUUCUACCGGUUACUUGAUCCGAGACUCGAGGGCCAUUUCUCGAUCAAAGGCGCACAAAAGGUGACUCAGCUCGCCGCGCAGUGUCUAAGCCGCGACCCCAAGGUAAGGCCGAAGAUGAGCGACGUCGUCGAAGCGCUCAAACCGCUCCCGCAUCUCAAAGACAUGGCGAGCUCUUCUUACUACUUUCAGACGAUGCAAGCCGAGCGUUUGAAAAACGGGUCGGGACGGUCUACUCAGCUGGGAGGAACAAACGGGUUUGGUUCGAGAAACGGGCAGCCGCAGCCGGUGUUUAGGACGCUGUCUAGUCCUCAUGGUCAACAUGGUUCUUCGCCUUAUCGACAUCAGGUUCCUUCUCCAAAACCUAAAGGAGCAACUACAUAAGCUCUCUCUUUUGUGUGGACAACAAAGGGCACAACAAAACAGAAGCUUUUAUCGUUUUUUUUUAAGCGGCAAGGAGAUAUUUUUGUAACCGAUGUUGUUACGGUGACUCUUUAAUGGAUCAAUGUAAAAAACGAUGGAGAAACGGUGAAUCCAAUGGAAGUCUGAUUUUAAUGUGAAACUAGUUACUACU